CAAAUUGCUGGGGUGACUGAGUAAACAAUCGACAACCUGCCAAAACCAAACAUCAAGUACAACUUCAACAAUUCAACCGUUCAGCAAGGCCAAUCGCUUUCAAAAUGUCGGCAGAUAAAGAAAAGUCCAAGGUCCAUAAACUCUCCUUGAAAGGAUCAUCGAAGCUGGUCGCUGAAUUCUUCGAAUAUUCCAUCAACUCAAUUCUCUAUCAACGAGGAGUCUAUCCAGCAGAAGAUUUCUCUCCAGUUAAAAAAUAUGGCCUCAAUAUGCUUGUCUCGUCCGACGACCAAGUCAGAGCAUACAUCAAGAAGAUCAUGUCUCAAUUGAACAAAUGGAUGAUAGGAGGGAAGAUAUCAAAACUUGUCGUGGUUAUUACUAGUAAAGAGACCGGUGAACAUGUGGAACGAUGGCAAUUCGACGUCCAGAUAUUCAAACAGGCGGCUUCAGCACGCAAGACAGGAGGUAUAACAAGCACCACAGACAAAGAAAAUGCAGCAGCAGACGAGCCCACACAAGAGAAAACCGAAGCACAAAUUCAACAAGAAAUUCAGGCUAUAUUCCGGCAAAUCACGGCCUCGGUGACAUUUUUACCGGUUCUUGACGGGAAUUGUACGUUCAAUGUUCUAGUCUAUGCAGAUGCCGACUCAGAUGUACCUGUGGAAUGGGGGGAUAGUGAUGCAAAGGAGAUUACGAAUGGGGAGAAGGUGCAAUUGAGGAGUUUUAGUACGAAUAAUCAUCGGGUGGAUACGUUGGUUAGUUAUCGGCUUGCUGAUUAGAAUACGUUGGUUAUGGCAAUAUGGAUGGCGUUUGUAGGGAUGUCUUUAUGUUUUCGGGUUAUGAAUAUACCAGUCAACUUAUUUUUG